AGAAUUUUACUUCAAAACUCUCAUCUGCUCGAGCUAUUUUCUUAAAACUUCAAUAGACCAAUUUUCAGUUUAUUUAUUUUUAAUAUGCAGUCCGCCAAAAUCAUUAAUAAACUGCUAAAAGAAGCCCCUAAAAAUACAAAAGGUAGCAAAGAGAUCGCCGAGCUACGAAAUCUAAUCGUUGAAGUAAUGAAGCCGCGGUUGAGCAAACUUAAUCAAAUCUUGAGAUUUCGCAUGGUGCCUGCAACCCGUGAUGAUUUUCAGGAUGAAGGAGUGGACUGGUGGCCAGAUUAUGAACUGUAUUCGGACUCGCAUGCCAUCACCGAUAUGAACGGUCUCCUAGUUUGCACCCAGAAUUCCUUAAAGGGUAUGCCUGAUGAUCUAAGAGCCAUAGGCGAGAAGUUUGAUUUUGCCUAUUCCGUUGCAAAACCUAAAACUAUUCAAAAUAAAAGCAAAAAGUUCCUUUUGGUGGACGAACUAAUAGAGGACUUGGAGGACUUUGUAAAGCAUUUCAGCCGCCUUUGCACCAAGAUUCUUGACGAUCGCAGAAAUCUUCAUGAUCUGGCUUCGAUUACAUUGGAUACUGACGACAGGAUAAAGGUUAAAAUCUUCGACGAACGCAUUUUUGUGCAACUGCAAUCUCGAAUUGGCAAUCUGGAUAACUACAUUAGGGAUUUCUGUGCGCUAUUCGAGGCCCAUGUGGAGUUCAAAGAUGAGGCCAAGUCCGGACCCCUCUCUAAGUUUGCCAAACCCCAAGGACCGCUUUUAGCGGGAGCCGUCAAUAAGGUACGGACUUAAGCCAGAUCGAUCAGGAAGUCAUCUCGUCCUUUAUUCCCACGGCAUGGCUUCCACGCGUUCAUUGUACAAUACCCAUACAAGCAGAUACAGUUCCAUGACUCCGGCUUGGGCGGUAAUAAAGAGUUCGCCUCCAGUGUAUUGCAGUA